GAGAUAGAGGAAUAAAAUAGAAGAAAAAAAAAAAAAAAUCUCUCGGCAAAAGGUUGGGUGCAGAGUGUCCGUGGAUGUGGCUGUGUGUCGUAAAAAGUGGUGCCAGGUGUGACUGCCUGCAGAGGUGGACGAAGACGACGGGGCGAGAGCAACGGCAGCCAAGUGGAGGAGGUGGAGCGAGCGACAAUGGUAUCCUCGUCCAUAGUCACCUUGUUGUUCCUCGUGUGUUUGCAAACGGUGCUGCUGUCGACGAUCAGCAAUUGCGCCAAGACCAUCAGCAUGUACUGGAACACGACGAACUCCAUAUUUCGGAUAGACAAUACGGAUCACAUAAUAGACGUGAACAAGAACAACGCAAAGUUCGAGUACGACCAGGUGAACAUAAUCUGCCCGGUUUACCAGCCGGGCACGUACGAUGACGAAGCUGAGAAGUACAUCAUUUACAACGUGUCGAAAGAAGAGUACGAGACGUGCCGGAUAACGAAUCCAACGCCUCGGAUAAUAGCCAAUUGCGACAAGCCCUUCAAGACGGUCUACUUCACGAUAACCUUCAGGCCGUUCACGCCCCAACCAGGCGGCCUGGAGUUCCAUCCCGGCCGCGACUAUUACUUCAUCAGCACAUCCUCGAAGGACGACCUGCACAGGCGCAUCGGCGGACGCUGCACCACCCACAACAUGAAGGUCGUUUUCAAGGUCUGCUGCGGCAAUGAGGCCGACUCGUCCUCGUACCCGGCGACGUCGCGCAACAAUUCGGUGGCGGUGACGAGCAGCACAGUGAGCAGCAGCAGCAGCAGCAGCUCGACGAGCGUCGCGGUGUUGAACGGCAACAUCAACGCUAACCACGGCUACCAGCAGCCCGGCUCGGCCAACUCGCCCGCUGUGUACAAGGGUGGCGAGCGCCUGUACCCCGUCAACCCGCACAACCCCAUCCACCGCAACGAGCACAGCCAACAGCAGCCCGACCUCCCGGCCCACGUGCCCCAACAGCCCACGUACCUCGGCUACCCGCCCCAUCAGACUUACGUGCCCCCAGCGUCGCAGCCACCCAAGAACACCGUCACGCAGAAGAAGAAGAACAAAGAGUACUCGGACCACCCGAACGAAGUGGUGAAGAACGAGGAGCUGACGUACAACAGCGGCGGCACGGCGCGCGCCCUCAUAAGCCCAACGAGCCAACGACAGCAGCAACAGUGGCUGGCCGCGUGGACGCUCGCGCUGCUGUGCAGCGCCUUCCUGCCCCAACUGCUGAUGCUCCGGUGA